CUUUGUCUCGUCUGAACUUGAGAGAGAUACCCACUCGAAGACGAAGAACGAUCACUGGAAAUGGUGCUGUGGGUAUUUGGGUAUGGCUCUCUAAUUUGGAAAGCAGGCUUUAAUUACGACGAUCGUCUCAUCGGUUUCAUUAAUGGUUAUCGUCGUGUUUUCUAUCAAGGUAGCACGGACCACAGAGGGACACCAGAGUACCCAGGGAGAACGGUUACAUUGGAAGCUUGCGAUGGGGAAGUCUGUUGGGGAGUUGCAUACAAGGUUUCAGGGGAGGAGGAUGAGCAGAUUGCAUUGACUUAUCUUGAAGUGAGGGAGAAGCAAUAUGAUAUGAAGGCUUAUGUUGACAUCUUCACUGAACCAGACGCUUUGAAACCAGCGGUCUCUGGAAUACUGGUAUACAUAGCAUCACCUGACAAGAAACUGAACAAGAAUUACUUGGGCCCUGCAUCAAUGGAAGAAAUGGCCAACCAAAUUGUCCAUGCAGAAGGCCCCUCAGGCCCCAACAAGGACUAUGUUUUCCACCUUGAAAAGGCUCUUCUUGAGUUGGGAUGUGAAGACAAGCAUGUCAUGGAGCUUGCAGAAACAGUUAGGCAAAAGCUUUCAGAGAGGGAGUUGACAAAUUCAUUAGAAUAGAAAAGAGUGGGUUUUUUGAGUUUCAGAAGUUGGGUAAUCUUCAACAUUGAGGUGCUAUGGCAACAUUACAUGCUACCUGGGUGAUAAUUCAUUUUUCAGCAGCUCAAGAAAGUUGAAGCUCAAAGCCUCAAAUUCUUCCUGCUCGUUAUGAUAAUCUUUGUUUUGGCUCAGUAUUUCAAGAUCAUAUUUACAAAGAUUUGAUAACAUGCAAUUGUGGAACAAUUUCAAAUAUACAUUAAAUAAGGUAUCUAAGUUUUUACUUCAUUUUUCAAUCAAAAUAUUUCU